AUGGCAUGGACUUCAGCUUCAUUAGUUCAAAAGCCCUUCAAGUAUGAUGUCUUUUUGAGUUUCAGGGGUGAAGACACCCGUAAGACAUUUGUUGAUCAUCUCUAUCAUGCUCUUCUGCGGGAAGGCAUUACGACUUACAAAGAUGAUGAAAGAAUUGAGAAAGGGGAAAGGAUCAGUGAUCAGCUCAUCACAUCCAUUGAAGACUCCAGAUUUUACAUCAUUGUUUUCUCCAAGAACUAUGCAUCUUCGUCAUGGUGCUUAAAUGAGCUGGUAAAGAUUAUGGAAUGCCAAAAGACGAUGGUGCAGACUGCUCACCCGAUCUUCUAUGAUGUGGAACCCACCGAAGUCCGGUACCAAUGUGGGGCAGUUGGAGAAGCAUUUGCAAAACAUGUAGACAAUGAGGCUGCUUGGAUAUGGAGAGAUGCUCUGAAAGAAGCAGCCGGUCUGGCUGGGUGGGAGUUAAAGACAACUUUUGACGGGCACGAAGCAAAGUUUAUCCAAGGAAUUGUUAAAUAUAUUUCACUGAAGCUAUGUUCCAUUAGUUCAAGCAUAGAUGGGAAUUUAGUAGGCAUGGAGACGCGUGUAAAGGAUGUAGUUUCAUCCUUAGAAACUGGUUCUGAUGAUGUUCGCAUGAUUGGGAUCAAGGGUAUGGGAGGUGGUGGGAAGACCACGUUGGCAAGAGCUGUUUUUGAUCAUAUAUCCAUUUUGUUUGAAGGUAAAAGCUUUGUUGAAAAUGUCAAAGAAGUUAUAAAAGGCUCUGGUUUAAAGGAAUUGCAAAAACAACUCCUUUCAGAUGUGUUGAAUGAUCAAAGCAUUGUUAUAAGAAGUGUUUGUGAUGGGAAAAACAGGUUGAAAAAUGUGAUGGGUAGUAGAAAGGUUCUUAUUGUUCUAGAUGACGUCGAUAAUAUAAGCCAGCUUGAGGCGUUAGCAGGUAAUCCAAAUUGGUUUAAGCAAGGGAGUAGGAUAAUCAUCACAACAAGAGAUGAGCAAGUAUUGAUAGCACACCGAGUGAAGUUCAUUCAUGAUGUCAAUCUGUUAUCAAAUGAGGAAGCAAUUUCCCUCUUCAGUAGGCAUGCAUUUGAGACAACUCCAAUUAAAGGGUAUGAAGAGCUAUCAAGAAAAAUUGUACAUUAUGCUGCUGGGCUACCAUUAACAAUCAAAGUUUUGGGUUCAUUUCUUUGUGGUAGAAAUGAGUGUGAAUGGGAAGAUGCCAUUGAAAGACUUAAAACAAUUCCAUUGAAGGAAACUUUGGAAAAAUUGGAACUAAGCUAUAAUGGUCUAGAGAAUGAUCAGAAAGAAAUAUUUCUUGACGUAGCAUGCUUACUGAAAGGUGAAAAAAAGAAGACGGCAAUUAGAAUACUUGAAAGCUGUGGAUUUCGUGCUCAAAUUGGUUUAAGAGUACUUGAGCAGAAAUCAUUGAUAACUAUAUCUAUUGAUGAUCGGCUGCUCUUGCAUGACCAUAUAGAAGAAAUGGGCAAGAAUAUUGUUCGGCGUUUACACCCUGAUGAUCCUGAAAAACAUAAUCGAUUAUGGGUUAAAGAAGAAAUUGAAAACAUAUUCGUCAAUGACUUGGUAAGGGUCAAAGUUAUUGUAAGGUGGAAAAUAUAA